AUGGAACGCAGCAAAGCCCAGGAGACGCUUCAGACCUUGCGGUCUGUGAACCCUCAACGCUGCAUGUCCCUCCUCACGGAGCUGGCUUAUUCCAGUCACUCUCCUGUUGAGCGACACCGUUGGUUGUCGGAGGCCGUUUCCUGCGCCCGUGGGGACGCUUCCAGAAAGCUCUUGCAUGACCUCGGGGAGGCCAGCUUGGUGAUCGACCGCCGGGACGAAGCCAUGUCGUACUUCGAGCAGGCCUUUCAGCAUCCUGACGGGCCUGACGUGGACACGGCCAAAGCAUUGGCACAGAUGUAUGUCCGGAAGGAUCGCACCAAGGAUGCCUUGGAAGUGUACCGAGUGGCGCUGCAGAGUUCGCCCGGCAGCUUGCCUCUCAUCCGCAACUACGGCCAGUUGCUCCUAAAGGAGGGUCGAAGCAGUGAAGCCAUUGGUGCCAUCAGCAGAGGUGCACGACUGGCUCCUGCGAACGAAGCUUCUGCUCUGCACCUGUUGUUGGCAGAGUUGCAUCAGGGCCUGGGUCAAAUGAGCGAGGCCCUGAUUGCUUGGGAGGCGGCUGCCAGCCUCAACCCUGAGAGUGUUGCCGCCUGGCGUGGCUUGGCCGCCGCUGCGCGGUCCGACGGACAGCUGCACUUGAGAUCCCUCCGAAACUUGGUGAGGUUGGAGCCCGGUAAUGCCGAAUGGCACGCUCAACUGGGCGCCCUUCGUUUGGCCGCUGGUGAGGUGGUGGAGGCUGAGGCAGACGUGGACCGAGCCUUGAAGUUGGAUCCCUGCAACGGCCCGGCGCUGGAGCUGAAGGCCCUGCUGCUUGAGAAAGCUGGGAAGGAGAGCCAAGCGCUGGACUUUGUGGAGCGCGUGGCACGGGAGAACAAGAGCUCCAAGGCUGUGGUGGCGGUCGAAUUGACAGGGAAACUUCACUGGGAAAGCGUUCAUUGGAUUGGUUUACUGUAG